AUGAAGAAUAGACAGGAGCCACCAAAACCUCCAUCACUGAAAAUAACGGUUAACAUGAUAAGCGGAGGAGAUGAGGUCAACAGUGUGACAUAUACAGCUGCAAAAAAGGUGUCGAAAGUCACAGUUACCCACAGAAAGCGAGUUCGCCAAGCUUUGGAAGAAGACAAUAUAACAUUUGAUGAUGUAGAUGCAAAUGGCGUGUUGAUCCCACACAAUGAUGCACUGGUAAUAUCUUUACUUGUACAUGAUAAUAAUGUCGAACAAGUUUUGAUUGAUCCAGGUAGCUCUAUAAAUAUCAUUCUUUUAAGAGUGAUAAAUGAGAUGCAAGCUAAUGACAAAUUGGUACCCAAAGCACGUAUAUCUGGAUUUGACUAUUCAAGCAUCGUUAUUAAAGGGGAGAUAGUGCUCACCACAUUCGCAGAAGGAGUAAUCUACGAAAUUUCAAGUGAUAGAUAUGGACAUGGCGUACAAUAUGAUCCUCGAUAG